AGGCGCAGAGAAUUCUUCGCUUCCGGUGGUAGCAACGAACUUGCUCGAACUUGCUCCUGCGCGGCUGCUUUAGAGGUCCCAAGCCUCUACGGGUCUUAUAGAGAGCCCCGGUGUCUGGUCUCCGUCUAGCCCGCCAUGGUCCAUCUAACCUCCCUUCUCUGUAUGACUUACCGAGGUGGCCACGUGACCAUCCGGCUGGCCCUCAGCGGCUGCACCAAUCGGCCCUUCUACCGAAUCGUGGCUGCUUACAACAAACGUGCCCGAGAUGGCCGCUACUUGGAGCAGCUGGGCUGCUAUGACCCCCUGCCCAACACCAAUGGGGAGAAGCUUGUUGGCCUUAACUUGGAGAGGAUCCGGCACUGGUUAGGCUCCGGGGCGCACCUCACCAAGCCUGUGGAGAAGCUUCUAGGUCUUUCUGGAUUUUUCCCUCUGCAUCCCAUGACUGUCACAAGUGCAGAGAGACUUCGAAGGAAAAGAGCUCUUGAAGCCAGUUCAGCUUCUCAGGCAGUAAGCACAGAGACAGAACCCAGCUGAGCAACCUGAGCGGGACCUGCAAGUGGAAUCCAGAAGCAUUUGUUAAAUGUGUACUCUGCCAGACACUCUGCUGAGCUCUAGGAGCCACGGGGCACACUUUGAUUUAAGAACUCGUUUUGUUUUGUUCUGAGGUGAAUAAAGGGAAUUUCCAGA